AUGGUCAGGGGAGCGGUGGGCAACCCUGGCCUCUGUCCCUCUUUCCUUCCUUCCCUCCCUCCUCUGAUGCCCUCCUCUAUCUCUGCCUCCCAAAGGCUUGCGCAGCUGUUUGUUGCAGCAGCCUUGGCUACAAGCUCCCCAGGCGAAGGGUGCACCUUUGGCUGGCCAGGGGGUGAUUCCCCAGCCCCUGUGGGGCAGUGUGAGGAGGCAUCUCUCUUUGGGGCGGGGGGGCAGCUCAGAGACAGCAGCUGCCCAGAGGAUUCCCUGGGAGAGGGGAGAGGAGAGGAGACUGAGGGAACACAUGCUCUCCUACUCUCUGGCAACUAA